CCGGCCUGUUGGUAAACAGAUCGCCUGCCUGCGCGUGCCGCGUGCGGAGACGGCGGCGGCGGCGGCGGCGGCUUCGCUGAAGGGACGUUGGAGCUUUGCUUCCGGGCAGCCGGUUCUGGAACAAGACUACCAUGUUGGGGGAUGCCAUCCUGGUGGCCAGAGGCCUUGCCAAGCUGACUCAGGCCACUGUGGAGACGCACUUGCAGCAUCUGGGCCUUGGUGGGGAGCUCUUCACAGCAGCCAGGGCCCUGCAGUCCAUGGCUGUGGAGCAGAUGGGCAUGGUCUUGGGGAAGGUACAGGGUCAGGAUAAGCAUGAAGAGCCCUACCCGGAGAGCUUCGAUGACCCGGAAGCAGAGUUUCACUUCUCAGGCUCUGGGGUCCAGGAAACGUCCAAUGAUUCCUCUGCAGCCUUGGGCCCUGACCAGCACAUGGGCUCUGCCCUAGAACAUACCCUCAGGGAGGGGCCGGCUCCUGCCUAUGUUGCCAGUGGACCCUUCAAGGAUGCUGGGCUCACUGGCCAGGCUACACCCCCUUUUGGCAGGGUGAAUGCAAGGUUCUUUGUAGACCUCAGACACCCACUCCCUGCGUGUGGCCUGCAGCGAAGGUUCUUCCACCAGGACCAGUCCUCAGUGGGGGGCCUCACGGCCGAGGACAUUGAGAAAGCUCGUCAGGCCAAGGCCCGCCCUGGGAGCAAGCCCCACAAGCAGAUGCUCAGUGAGCGAGCACGGGAGCGGAAGGUGCCAGUGACCAGGAUUGGGCGGUUGGCCAACUUUGGAGGUCUGGCUGUGGGUCUGGGCUUCGGUGCCCUGGCUGAGGUUGCCAAGAAGAGCCUUCGCCCCGAAAAUGCCACAGGGAAGAAGGCUGUGCUGGAUUCCAGUCCCUUCCUGUCGGAGGCCAACGCUGAGCGCAUCGUGAGCACACUCUGCAAGGUGCGCGGUGCCGCGCUCAAGCUGGGCCAGAUGCUGAGCAUCCAGGAUGACGCUUUCAUCAACCCCCAUCUAGCCAAGAUCUUUGAACGGGUGCGGCAGAGUGCAGACUUCAUGCCAUUGAAGCAGAUGACGAAAACUCUCAACAAUGACCUGGGGCCCAACUGGAGAGACCAUCUGGAGUACUUUGAGGAGCGACCUUUUGCCGCUGCCUCCAUUGGCCAGGUGCACCUGGCCCGCAUGAAGGAUGGCCGGGAGGUAGCCAUGAAGAUCCAGUACCCGGGUGUGGCCCAGAGCAUCAACAGUGACGUUAGCAACCUCAUGGCGGUGCUGAGCAUGAGCAAUGUGCUCCCUGAAGGCCUAUUCCCUGAGCACCUGAUUGACGUGCUGCGGCGGGAACUGGUACUGGAGUGUGACUACCAGCGUGAGGCCUUGUGUGCCCGCAAAUUCAGGGAGCUGCUGAAGGAGCAUCCCUUCUUCCGUGUGCCUGCUAUUGUGGAUGAACUGUGCAGCCCCCAUGUGCUCACCACCGAGCUGGUGUCCGGCUUCCCUCUGGACCAGGCUGAGGGCCUGAGCCAGGAGGUUCGCAAUGAGAUCUGCUACAACAUCCUGGUUCUGUGCCUGCGGGAGCUGUUUGAGUUCCACUUCAUGCAGACAGACCCCAACUGGGCCAACUUCUUCUAUGACCCUCAGCUGCACAAGGUGGCUCUUCUGGACUUUGGGGCCACACGAGAGUAUGACAGAACCUUCACGGACCUCUACAUUCAGAUCAUCAGGGCUGCUGCUGACAGGGACCGGGAGGCUGUGCGGCAGAAAUCCAUAGAGAUGAAGUUCCUCACUGGCUAUGAGGUCAAGGCCAUGGAAGAUGCCCACUUAGAUGCCAUACUUAUCCUGGGAGAGGCCUUUGCCUCAGAGGAACCCUUUGACUUUGGCAACCAGAGCACCACUGAGAAGAUCCACAAUCUGAUCCCUGUCAUGCUGAAGCACCGGCUCAUCCCCCCACCUGAAGAGACCUAUUCCCUGCAUAGGAAGAUGGGGGGCUCCUUCCUCAUCUGCUCCAAGCUGAAGGCCCGCUUCUCCUGUAAAGCCAUGUUCGAGGAGGCCUACAGCAAUUACUGCAAGCGGCAGGCUGAGCAGGGGGCCCUCUGAGCACUGAAACUUGGUGUCUGGCUGUGUCAUCUGACUUGUUCCUGGAGUGGUGGGUGGCCUUUGAGGGGGCAGAUGCAGACAACUCCUGGGCUUCUGAAGCCUAUCACUGGUAUGUGCAUGGUUUCUAAGGCGAGUGUUAGGGCUGCUUUGUGUAAAAGUGAAAACAAAACUCCAGCCACUUCCUGUCAAUUUGCUUGUUCUUUCAUCCUUUGAAGUAACUAUAGAAAAGGGAGCUGUUUUUUCUCCCGUCUGCUGCAGUUUUUCCUAAUGGAAUUUUGAAAGCUUAUGUGCCAUAAGAACUCCUGCCACCAAAUGAGAAAAACACUAAAAAAAAAAAUCUCAAGCAAAAUAGGGCUGGAGUGAUAGUACAGCAGGUACAGCGCUUGCCUUGCAUGCUGCCAACCAGGUUCUAUUCCUGGCACCUUGAAGAUUCUGCCCUUUCCUCUCUCAUCUGAGCAGGGAUAGCAUUGUGAGCGCUGACAACUGGAGGUUUCCAGAGAUGUUGCCCUGAAGAAGGGUGGAGGCAGCUCAGGAGAGAUAGUGACAUGAGAUCUCUGCUAGAAGGCUGGAGUGGGCACUUCUUCACUGGCCUAGAGAGCCUAUGUAGAUGAAUGACAGAUGCCAUCUCCUUAGACCUGGGGGUUAUUCUGACUCUGAAUUUUGGUACAGUUCUAUUUGUAACAGAUUUUUGUUUCAAUAAAACAAAAUCCUUGACAGUGA